AUGAGGCUAAAGGAAUGUUCUGUAGUUGUAAAUCCAGCUUCCUACCUGAGCCUCUACACAGUCUCCUUACCCAUCAGCAUUCAACGGCAGAUCAUUUUCUUUCUGCUGUCCGAAGGAAGCCGCCGUGUGGCUGCCCCGAGGCUCCGGCCGAGUGGGAACCCUCUUGUGUGGGGGAAGCGGGGAGGGGAGGUGGCCGCCGGCGCCCGUGGAGGGAGGGCGAAAGCCCUCGUACUCCUUGUGGCGCUGUCCGCCGCCUGGGCGGAGAAGACGACGAAGAAAGACGACAAGAAGACGGAGAAGAGGGGCCUGUUCGGCCUGGGCUACGGCGGCGGUCUUGGAGGCGGCUACGGCGGCGGCUUUGGAGGUGGCUACGGCGGCGGCUUGGGCGGCCACGGCGGCGGCCUGGAGCUCCUCGGCGGCGGCCAUGGCCUUUCCUUGGGCAGCGGCCUGGGCGGCGGCCUGGGCGGCGGCUACGGCCUGGGCGGCGGCUACGGCGGCGGCUACGGCCUAAGCGGCGGCUACGGAGGCGGCUACGGAGGCGGCUACGCGCUGGGGCCGGGCCACGUCAAGUCCGUGACGAUCCACAAGGAGGUGCCAGUCGGAGUGCCCCAUCCGGUGCCCUACCCCGUCGAGAAGCCCGUGCCGUACCCCGUCAAGGUGCCCGUGCACGUGCCUGUAGACAGGCCCUACCCCGUCCACGUGCCCAAGCCAUACCCCGUGCCGGUGGAGAAGCCAGUCCCCUACCCGGUGGAGAAGCCCGUGCCCUAUCCCGUCAAGGUGCCCGUCAAGGUCCACGUGCCGCAGCCGUACCCCGUGCACAUCCCCAAGCCCUACGCCGUGCCCGUGGCCAAGCCGGUCGCAGUGCCCGUGCCGCAGCCCUACGUGGUGGAGAAGAGCGUGCCCGUCAUCGUGAAGGGUCAUGAAGGCUUCGGCGGCGGAUACGGUCUAGGCGGCGGCCUGGGCGGCGGCCUGGGCGGCGGCUACGGCCUUGGAGGCGGCUACGGCCUGGGAGGCGGCUACGACGGCGGUCUCGGCCACGGGAGCAGCUUCGGCGGCGGCUUGGGCCACGGGGGCGGCAGCUUCAGCUCUCUGAGCUUCGGCGGCCACCACUAGAUCCUACAACUCGCCCAGCACCGACGGAAUUUUGCUCAACUACUCCACUUCUCAACGUCAUCUCGAUCGCCUUCUCCUCCGGAGGGAACAAGGGAGGUAGCAAGAAGCGCGCGUUCCUGGGUGCGGCAUCACCGUCCGAGGGGACGACGAAACCAGCUCGAAGCGAAUAGCCCGCCGGAAAGUUUCCAAGGCCCAGGGAAUAAUAUGGGCCUAGAUUUCCUGCUCUCGUCAGGAACGGAUAGUUCCAAGAGGCGGGAGUUUUCGCGACUGGUAAACUCGUGGUUCCUCCAAGGGAUGUUGCUGAUAGUUCUAUUUAACUUCUCUCACCAUGUCAUCCUUUAUCAUUUAUAAUUGUAUCACUUUGUAUGUAAUUUUUCCUUUUUAUUUUGAUUUGUUCUACGGUCAUUCAUUCCAUUCAUAUUUCAUUCAAUUUUUCCACUAAGUAGACUAGUGUUUGUCAUACUUUGUACAGCUUUUUGUAUCUAAAAUAAACUAUUUUUCUACAAUAAUGUUCUGCUCCUUUAACAUUUAUCUGUUCCGAAUCGCUUACACAAUAUUGUAUGGUUACAUUGCACAGCUGUACGAGUUUAAGUGAAUAACUUUAGGUAGCCUACUUGAAAACGUUUACUAGAUUGAGAAGGCCUUGUUUACAACUUGAAUCGAUAAAUAUGUUGUUAUAUCACAGUUGUUAUAAGUGAGGUAUUAAUUUGAUUGGUUAAAAAUUACAUACUACACAAAUAUACUGUAUUGUCAUUCAUGUUAAAAAAAAGUAAUUUACAUAAUUGAUUUACCAAUCAUAUUUUUCUGCAACUGCACAACUUGAUUUCAGCCAUCUUUAAAUCACUUUUUUUUUUACUUUUAAAAAUGUUAAUCAAAAGUAAAAAUUUAAGAUGUGCAAUUGUAAUUUAUUUGCCAAACUGGUUUAGUUUAAAUGAGAAAUAAACCCAUUGAAACA